GAGAGAAAAUGGCUCUUCCUGCUGGUAAGACUCAAAACAUUUUUGUUUUAAUCUGCUCUAUGUGCUCAUAUUCACUAAAAUAUAUGUACAUCAAGCCAACGAUUUACUCUUUCAGACAGCUUGAACACAAGUUAUGAAUUGUUUUGCAGGUCCUGAUAUGAGAAUUGUGAUGAUUGGAAAAACUGGUGUGGGCAAGAGUGCUGUUGGAAACACCAUUCUGGGAGAGAGAAGUUUCAGAUCCCGUCCCUGUUCAGAGUCGGUGACUGAGACGUGUCAAAAAGCUGCGGUACUCUGGAAUAACAGAGUACUUAGUGUGGUAGACACACCAGGGAUCCUGGACACUUCGAAAUCCCCAGAUAUCAUCAAAAAAGAAAUUGUGAAAUGUGUCCAAGUCUCAUGUCCUGGUCCUCAUGUGUUCCUGCUGGUCAUCCAAGUGGGUCGAUUCACAGAAGAGAAAAACUCAGUGGAAGCCCUGCAGGAGCUGUUUGGUCCAGAAGCUAACCAGCACAUGAUCGUGCUGUUUACUCGUGGUGGUGAUCUUGGAGACCAGACCAUACAACAGUAUGUAAGAGAGGGCCAUCCAGAGCUUCGACGAGUCAUCCAAAGCUGUGGAAACAGGUUCCACGUCUUUGACAACACCAAUAAAGCCAGAAGUCAAGUAGUGGAGCUGAUCAAGAAGAUCGAUGACAUGGUUGCAGGAAACGGGGGGACGCACUACUCAGAUGCCAUGUAUAAAGAAGUGCAGAGCAAACAAAUGACAAAGGGAAGCCUAAGUGAAGACCAAUACUCCUUCAGUGCUGCAUUGUUUGAACGUAUCAAGCAAUUUCUAUUCAUUCUUUCAAGAGAGUGA